AUGGCGGACGUCGGGCUGCAGCACCCGGCCGGGGACCUGCCCGUGGGGAUGCCCCCGUCGGCGCCGCCGUGGCGAGACGAGGGGCCCCCGCUGGAGAGGCAGGCGAGCCUGCCCUCCAGCAGCGAGGCGCUGGACCCGCUCCCGACCACCGUGGUCAUGCAGGGGCUGCCGCGGUGCUACAGCCGAGAUCGGCUGGUCCGCCUCUUCAACAACCACGGCUUCGAGGGGAAGUGCGACUUCGUCUUCCUGCCGCUGGACGAGUCCGGGCGGGAGAACCUCGGCCACGCCGUCGUCAACCUGACCGGCCCCCUGGUCGCCGCACGGUUCUGUGACACCUUCCAGGGUUUUAACAGGUGGUGGCACGCGUGGCUGAAGGAGUCCUGCGUGGUCUCGUGGAGCCCAGUCGCUCAGGGACUCGAGGCUAACAUCGCCCUGUAUGGUGCAUGCGGCGCCCUUGGCGGCAGUGCACCAGACUCAGAUCAGCACGCUCCAGCCGUCGCGGAGGAUGGGCGAGACGCUUCGCUUCCGUCGCUGGGCCCCAGCUACGUCCACGUCCCAGACCCCGUCGCCCGGGCCUCUAGGGAGGUCUCCGUGCUGCAGCUGCCGGGGCCAGUGCCGCAGCCGCCGCCGGCCUCCGCGGACCGCGCGGAGGCCCGGCUCGCGGCCCCCGCGCGGGCGCAGGCCGCCGCGCGGCUUGAGCCGCGGGAGCCUGCGGAGCUGGAGGAGCGGCAGGAGCCCACGACCCUCAUGAUGCAGAAUGUGCCGAGGUGCUACACGCGGGACAUGCUGGAGAACCUCAUCCCCGAUAAUCGGGAACCACGGGUUCGGCGAUAA